AUGGAUUUUCAAAAGUUUGUUGCAUGGGAAAAGCUGCCAUCUGUUGUUCCCAAAAAAGAUGCCAUUGAAUCGUCAUCAUCUUCAUCAAAAUCAGGAAGUGGAAGUGAAUGUGAAUCAGAAGCUGAUGUUGAAACUAAGCCAAAAGUUGUGACCAAAAUUGACUCUUACCCUACUCCCAAGGUUGAAAUCCCUCCUUCAGUGAGGAAUGUGUUGGACAAAAUUGAGAUGACACAGUUGGAAAGAGCAAAGAAGGAGGUUUCUAAGAAGCUCUAUCGCAUUCUGGACAAUGUCAACCGGGCCUAUGAACGCUACAAAAAGGAUGAUGACAUUGACCCUGACAUAGAAAAAGAGUACCAGAUCUCACAAACGUGGGAAGAGAGAAGUCGUCGGUCUCGUUUACUAGUUCAUAUUACUGAUGCACUAGAUGACAGCAAGUUCAAAUCACAGGAGUUACAGAUAGUACUGGAGUCAUUCAAAGCCUGGAAUGAAAUGCUGAAAAAAGUUGAAUUUUGGAGUAAAGUGGCUCCCAGUGAUGACAUGAUUGAUGAGAUGGAGGAAUGUCUCCUGAAGUCUAUUACCACAGUUGAAGCAAAUGUCCAGCGUCUGAUCAAGAUAUUCCGCCCACUCGUAGAAGAGAAAAACAAGCCAAGACGGAAGUCAGUUCCAAGAACUGGCUUGUUUAGGGCAUGGAGAGAUAAAGUGGCAGCUGUACCUCAAGAAGGUGAGCCUAUGACAACAGAGCAGAUGUUAGAAGAUGAACCUCUUACUUUAACCCGUAGUGAAGACAUCAACAACAUGAUCCUGGAAAUGGUAGAUUCUUCACUCUUCAACAAAGCAGAAACUUUUGUCAUCAAGUACAUUGCAACUAUGGUGGCAAACAUUACAAAGGCCUUCAGCCUUCUAACUAGGCAAUGCCGUGGCUUAAAACUUAAGUAUGAAAACCUCACUUCUGUAGAUAACAGAAAGCAAGACCCCCAAAUUGUCAACAUGCAGCGAGAACUGCGAAUGGCCCUGGAAAAAAAGGCUGCACUGGAAAUGCAAAUCCAAAGUGUUGAGGAAAGGUGCAAGGUACUCCUCAUCACUAACGAGAUGAUGCAAAGGGAGUUACAUGAUGCAAAUGAGAGAGCAAUGGUGAUGAGUAAAGUCUCUUUCCCCAGGACUUCAUCAGGCAAACAUCUCACAAAAUCUCAGCCAGAUAGCGACAAAGCGAGAAGCAAGAGGGACGAACUUUCACCUACAAAAUACCAUGCUGGGUUUAAAAAGUUGCCACCUGUGAAAACUGAAGAAGAGGAAAGUUUGGGUGAGCAGCAGCUGGCUGAAGGUAUCAGCAGUGUUUCCAAGAAAGACAAAUCUGUGACCCACCUUACAGAAAAACCUCAAGAUAGCACAAUUAAAUGGGACAUGAAGGACCAAGAGAAGGACACAUUGCAAGAGGUAGUAUUAGCCCAAGUAUCCUCUGACAAAUCGGAAGCAGAGCUGGCAGAGGAUAAAGAAUUUCUUGAAAAUUUGCUAGCGCAGAAAGUAUUAGAAGAAAAAGAACAAAAACUUACUGACAAACUGAAAGCAGCCCAAGGGGCCAGAGAGGGCUCAAAGUUCAGCGAAUGGAAAAAAAUACAAGCAUCCAUUUUCAUGAAAGCCCGUAUGCGCAGAGAAGGGAUGUCACCAGGUCCAUCUGAACAAAGCACUCAAGCCGGCACCCAGGCUGGGGGGGAAUCAUCACGAAAAUCUUUAAUAGUUAGUGCCCAUGACAUUAAGGGUAGUUCAUCUGAACUGAAACCCCCACCCUUGCCCACACAGGUUGUAGCGACCAUCAGUGUAAAGGACAUUGACAAAUUCCUGGGAGACAACUUGGCUCAAAGUCCUUCGACAGCUCCAGAUAGCAAGGAGAAAUGCGAUGCAGAGUCCCCAGACAAAAGCCUAUCGAAAGUAACUGAAGGAACUCAGGCUGCAGCCAUUGAAACAGAAGAUACUGAUCAGGUACAGGCACAGAAACAGUUAAUAGACAGGCUGAAAGAAACCCAAGAAAAGGAAGAAAUGAGUCUCUCUGGUGAAAUGCCAGCAGAUGUGCCGCAGCCAAAGCAGGUAGAGAAGGCAGAAGGUGCCGUCCGUGGUUUAUGGACAAAGUUGCAAGAGACUGUCAGGGAAAGAGGUGGUGUGAUUGAUGCAGAGGCUAUUAAAGAUGUUUUUGAGGAACUGGACAUAACCUAUCAAGACAGUAUGCCGGGACAAGUGGAUGGGAGCCUCCCUGUAGACAAACUUGACCAAGUGCCCACUGUAGAAAGCUCCUCAUUGCCUCCUUCUACAGCUGAACAAACAUCUAAGGGGGAAAAGCAGAGUGUCUCAAGUGCUGAAGAAGCACCCUCUGGCCAGGAUGCACGCUCAGCACUGCAAAAAUUUCAAACAGCCAUCCUCGCUUGCUUAGAGAACAAGCUAGAGAAGUUAAAGAAAGGUCCUCCAGGCAGCUCAAAGCGAUCAAUAAAAUUGCAGCCUAUAGACCGACAAGCUCAACAGUUCUUUCAGGCAAUAGACAAAAAACUGGAAGAAUGCUUCUUGAUGAAGCUCAAAGCCCCCCUGAAGAGGCAGAGGUGGGCAAGAAAAACACAGAGUAUGGGAGAAUUGCAAGAGGAAAAGGAAACCACACUUACUCCUCUGUCUUCCUUUGAAAUCUGUUCUGUGGGGUCCGAAGAAUCCUUAGGCAGUUCUUUGAGUCUUCCCGGAAUAGAACAGGAGCAACCAACCACACCAGAGCAGUCCUUGUAUGUGAAGUCAUGGCAGGAGGAAGAGCAAGAAGAGGAACAGAUGGGGGAAGCUCAGCAGGAGGUGCAGUAUCAAAAAGGAGGGUUAUCGCAGCAGGAUGAAGUCCUACCUAAGUUACAAGGGGAGGAAGAAGACUUGGGUAAGGCUUCACAUCCCAAGGAAGAAGAGCCAUUUCUGCUGCAUCUGCCUGAUGAAAGCAGUCAGCAGGUCAAGGAGUUGUGGCAGGAGAGGGAAAAGCAGAGGAAAGAACAGCUUUCUGAAGAACAAGAGGAGCAGGUCAGUAAAGGCAAAGAGCCACAGCAGAAAGAGACAGAAACGGGAACCAAGAGUUCAUGGAAGUCGGAUGAUGAAGAAAGGCAGCAUUGGGACCAGGAGCAGCUGGAGGAGGAGAAGAAGCGGCUGAAAGAGGAGCAGGAACGGCUGCAGCAGGAACGCCGCGCAUUGCACGAGGAAGAAGAGCACUGGCAGCAGUUGUUUGAGAGGCAGCGGGAGCAGUGGGAGCAGGAGCGGCAGCAGCAGGAGGAGCAGAAGCGCUUGUGGGAGGUGCAGCUGGAGCACUGGCAUCAUCUGCAGCAGGAGAACGAAGAGCAGGAGCAGUACUGGCAGGGUCAGCGGCAGCGGCAGAAGGAGCAGCAGGGCACGUUGCAGGAGGACAUCCAGCGGCUGCAGCAGGAAUACGAGAAACACCUGAAACUGCAAGGGGAACAUGCGGAAGAGCUGUGGCACUGGAGCCAGCUCAAGGGCCGGCACGAGGAGCAGCAGCACAUCUGGCAGGAGGAAGACAAGGAGCAAGAGAGGAAGAAGGGUCAGUGGCAGGAGCAGCUGGCGCAUCAUGAGGAACAGAUGGAGGCCCUGCAGCAGGAGCAGCUGAAGCAGCAGGAGCAGUAUACGAAGUGGCAGCGGGAGCAGCAGGAGCGGCAGCAAGAGCUGGAGCGCCUCUGGGAGAAGCGGUGGCAAGAGCAGCUGCAAACCUGGCACCGGCAGAUGCAGCAGCAGCGGGUGCAGCAGCACCAGUGGCAGGAACGGAACCGCAAGUUGCAGGAGAAGCAGCAGCAGAUGCCACAGGCUGAGCAGCCCCUGGCUCCCAAGCUGAAAGUGGUGGGAGGCACUAAUCUUGACCAGUUGGCCAAGCUAUGUCGAGUUACUCCCAUCCCCAAAGAAAGGCAUAUUUCUACCACCCCAGAGCUGACCCCCUCACACAGUGCUGAAUAUGACGAAGACGACUUGGAGCUGGAGACCACGUGGUUCCCCAAGCUGUUCUCCAAAGCUGAGGAGGGUCCCGGAGUUGCUACCACAGAGAAGCGUUACUCAAUAAAUGUGAAAGCUCAGAGGAAAAACCUGGAGCUGUUGAGGGAAGCUAGCGAGAGGGCUGAUGUGCCAUCGGAUCUGUACAGCAAAACCAAAGAAAUCAUCACCCAAGCACUACAGAACAAUGUAGAGAGGCUAGCUUUACUUUUCCAGAAAUACAUGGCUUACUGCCAUCUUCAGGAGGCCAGACGAAAUUUAACUAUUCAGUUGGAUAUUGCAAAGGAGGCUAAAGAUAGUGCUGAAAUCCAGCAUUUGUACAAAAUAGUGGAGAAGAUGGAUGCUCACAAGAAAAAUGUGAUGGGGAACUGGACAGACAAGCAGAAUGCUGUAGAGAAGAAGCGUAAGCACUGCUUUGAGAAGAUGAUUACCAUCUUUGCUGAGCUCCGCUUGACCACUAGACUCCGUCUCAGCAACCCAUUCCUACUGAUGGUCAAAGCACGAGACAGAACCCAGAAGGAGACCAUGCACAUGCCCCACAUUGGAUCUGUUGUCCUGAAGCGUAAAGUCUACCAAAGCCCCCUGAUCAGUGCAAAGAAACCACAAGAUUUCACCAUUUCAGCUGUGGUCAGAGAGCCAAGCAGUGAACAGAUAGAAUCAUUGUGGAAGACAGAUAUAACAGAACUAAGUAUUCCCCUUGGACCUAAAGUGCCUGUGUCUUUGCUGUGGUCUGAAGCUUAUGGAUUUCCAGAUAUCCCUAGAUUCUUGGAAUUAGACAUUUCCUCUGUUAGGAAGAAACCUCUGCAAAAUAUAAGGACUCGGAUUCAGAAUAUUCCCAGAUGGAAACUAUCUGGAUAUAAUUUUAUGCAUUUGUAA